AUGACACUUGCUAUGGAUAAAUUUUUGAAUGAUAUGGAAAGGGAGAAGCCAAUCAGGUUUACUGACCAACAUCUAAGGAUUGCAACUGAUAACUACUCUUACUUGUUGGGGUCAGGAGGUUUUGGAUCAGUCUAUAAGGGAAUUUUUAGUGAUGGAACCAUUGUAGCUGUGAAGGUUCUACAUGGGCGUUCAGAUAAAAGAAAUGAGGAGCAGUUUAUGGCUGAAGUGGGAACGAUUGGAAAAAUUCAUCACUUCAAUCUGGUUCGACUCUAUGGAUUUUGUUUCGAAAGAAACUUGAUAGCUCUAGUUUAUGAGUACAUGGGGAAUGGCUCUAUUGACAACUAUCUGUUUAAUCAAAACAAGGCCAUAGGAUUUGAAAGGCUUCAUGAGAUUGCAGGUAGGGGGACUCCUGGUUAUGCUGCACCUGAACUUUGGAUGCCUAAUUUUCCUGUUACUCACAAGUGUGAUGUUUACAGCUUUGGAAUGCUGUUAUUUGAAAUCAUAGGCAGAAGGAGAAACCUUGAUAUUGAACUUGUUGAAAGCCAGGAGUGGUUUCCAAUGUUUGUAUGGAAAAAAAUUUAUGCUGGAGAAUUGGAGGAGCUGAUAAUAGCAUGUGGGAUAGAGGAGAAAUAUGGAGAGAUAACGGAGAGAAUGGUUAAUGUUGCUCUAUCGUGUGUUCAGUAUAGGCCAGAUUCAAGGCCUAUAAUGAGUGAUGUGGUGAAAAUGUUGGAAGGUUCAGUGGAAAUUCCAAAACCUUUGAACCCAUUUCAGCAAUUUAUGGAUGGGAAUUUCACUGCUCAUCUAAUCCAAGUGCCACUGAUCUACACUACAGAUACUACCAGUUCUUCUGUUGUAGUAACUGACUCUAGCACUGUGAAGCAAAGAAGAAAAGAGAAGCUAGCGUAG